GCUACUCGCUUUCUUCUUCUUAUUUUUCUCGACUAGGUUCCGUGUGGACUGAACCAAACGGAACACACGCACACUCUCUCUCCUCCUUCCUCCCUCUCGAUUCGUUUUCGGCUUCUCAUCGAAGAUGAACGGCGGUCCGUCUGGGUUCUACAAUGCCCCGAUUACGAGAAUUUUCGUCAUCGCUUGUGCCGUCUUCACCGUCCUUGCGGGCACGCGUGGUCAUUCGGCGACUUUGGGCGUUUCCUAUCAGGAUAUUUUGAAGAAGCGACAAUUUGGGAGGCUAUUGUCUUCCGUGUUUUCUUUUUCAUCCACUCCAGAGUUGAUAUUUGGCCUAUAUCUGCUUUAUUACUUCAGAGUGUUUGAGAGGCAAAUUGGCUCGAACAAGUACUCGGUUUUUAUCUUAUUCUCACUGCUAGCGACAACCCUUAUUGAGACAAUCUGCCUUGGACUGCUGAAAGGUCCUACUUUUAAUACACUAGCAUCUGGACCCUAUGCUGUGAUCUUCGCUUCCUUUGUACCGUUCUACUUUGACAUCCCUGUUUCAACACGGUUUCGUGUAUUUGGUUUUCCUUUUUCAGAUAAAUCAUUCAUUUAUCUAGCAGGCCUUCAGCUCAUUCUCUCUUCAUGGAGGAGAUCAUUAUUGCCUGGAAUUUGUGGCAUUGUUGCAGGGCUAUUCUAUCACUUGAAUUUGUUUUACAUUCGCAAGAUAAAGUUCCCUAAUGCUGUUGCAUCAUUUUUUUCACGCUUAUCAUGGCCUGUUGCUAUGGGAGGAUCAUCAUCUACAGCUGCAAGAAGAAACAUUCCGAGAAAUGCCCCUCGUGCAGUCCAUCCUCGUGUGGAGGUUGACAGCUAUCCACCGUCUGCUCCGUUUGCUUCUAUGGUGGAGCCAGCAGAGGAUUCCAUUGCAACCUUGGUAUCAAUGGGCUUUGACAGGAGUUCAGCAAGACAAGCACUUGUACAAGCAAGGAAUGACUUGAACGCAGCUACAAACUUACUUUUGGAGACACAAUCACAUUCAUAAGAUCAACUCUCAACCAUGAGAUCAAUUGACGUCCCUGAUAACGUGAAAGUUGAAGAUGUAGAAUUUUUACAAGAUCAACGGGCUAGAAAAUGUGAGAACCUGAGCACCGGAUCGGCAAUUAGUGGUAGGGAGAAAAUCCCAUGAUUUUCUCUGUAUGUGCGUGGAAAAAGUGGUGAAAAUCAGUGGCUGGGUUUUUUCAUUAUUUAGCCUUUCACGAACCAGCUUGUAACAUUACGUGUUUGGAAUUUGCGUAUAUUGGCAUUAUGUUCCUGGAGAAGAAACCUUCGGUUGUUACUAAUCUAUUUGGGGAGAAAUUCAAUCAACCAGUCGAUGCUCUUUCA